CUUCAGGCUGUACCAAUGCCAUGUCUUGUAGCUCAGAUUUCAUACUGCUUGGGAAAGUUCACACCUAAUGUAAUGUAAUGUCGACACUGCUUGGAACUUGUCAAGUGCAAGACUUGAAAAAACAACAAUAACUGCAGGGAUAGAUUCUGAUAUGUUACUCAAGCAUCUUUCCCUGGAGAGACAAGAAUUCAUCCUCCAAUCACAACUCAACAAUGAAGAGCAAGAAAUGGGCUUGCUUUGGCCCAUGGGAUCUCCACACCUGGAUUCAGUCAGCCACAACAACUUGGCCCCUUACUCCCUUUUCCCAUCCAGCCAGACUUGGCGCAGUGACAACAACACCAUCUCAUAUUGGCAGGCAGCAGACAGCAGCAGGACCUGGCACUCCUCCAAAACAUUCCUGCCCAAUCUUGUCCUGAGGAAAGCAUGCAUCACAUCAGGAUUCAGAUGCAUACAGUUGCUAUUCCAAGGCUCUGAUGAAAUGAUGGGAAUGCAGGGCUGGAGCCCAGAUUAGGCAGAGACUCAUCUUGUCCCCGCGAAAUCCUUAGGAGUCCCUACAGAUCCACGGACAAAUCAUC